AUGCUUAAUUCUUUUUGGUGGGGUCGAGAUCAAGCUAAAAAGAAAGGAAUUAGUUGGGCAAAUUGGGAUAAACUGUGUGUGGCAAAGAAGUUUGGUGGCAUGGGAUUCAAAAAAAUUCGAAACUUUAAUAUUGCCAUGUUGGCUCGGCAAGCGUGGAGAUUUCUUAGUUCGGAGAAUAAGCUUAUGGUGAAGAUUUUUAAAGCGAAGUACUUUCCUGAUUCUUCAUUCCUUGAGGCGAAAAUAGGGUCAAAUCCGAGCUACGUUUGGCGUAGCAUUUUCGAGGCGCAAAAAGUAAUGAAAUCAGGUGCAAGAGUUAAGAUUGGAAAUGGGCAGAAUACAAGAGUUUGGGGUAGUCCAUGGCUUGAUGAUGAUAAUGGAGGACUCAUUUCUACUCCUAUGCCAGGGAACUGA